AUGUUUUCUACGGAAAAUAAUAAUCAGGAUAACAUUGUAGCUAAUACUGGCACUGGCAGCGGAAGUGGUGGAUAUAACACAAGCAACAAUGCAAGGGACAGUUUUAACGCCUUUUUUGAUUCAAUGGGCGCUAAUCUUAAUAAUAACAAUAACAAUAACAAUAACGAUAAUACUUCAAAUGACUUUUUGAAUACUCAAUCGUCUAAUAUGGGAAUGGGAUCUCUAUAUGAGCAAUCUAUAAAUAUGAACAGUAACAAUAUUAACAAUAGUAACAACACUAAUGUCAACAACAUUUCUCCUUCACAGUAUAACAUGGCAUCAGCCACACCACAACAGAUUCUAAUGUUUAAUCAUAAUAGCAAUAAUACAAACACAAUAAACCCCGCCUCUAGCAGCAACAAUAUUAAUAUUCAACCACAACAAGUAUUAUCUACACAUGGAUCACCUGUUCUAUCUAAUGCAUCACCUAUGAUCGGAACCAUUAAUAUGAAUAAUAAUAAUAAUAAUAGUAAUAAUAACAGUAAUAGUAACAGCAACAACAACAACAAUAAUAAUAAUAGUAAUAACACAAAUAAUCCUAAUAUUACAAACAGAACUAAUAAUAAUAAUAAUAAUAAUAAUAAUAAUAAUAAUAAUAAUAAUAAUAAUAAUAAUAAUAAUAAUAAUAAUAAUAAUAAUAUUUUUCUUGAUAGAAAUCAUAUAUUAGCAAAUUUACAACAACAAAGAUUAAUUGAGUUACGACAACAACAACAACAGCAGCAACAGCAAGAGAGAAUACAAACUUCUAUGAAUUCACCAAUUACAAGUAAUAUUAUAUUAAAUAAUAGAAAUAAUAGUAACAUUACAAACAAUUCUCCUAUGACAACGACAUCCUCCUUGAAUACUCCAAAUAACAACUAUAAUAACAUAAAUAUGACUCCAAUGAAUCAAUCUGCAAAUUUGACUCCACAGCAAAGACAACAUUUACAACACUUGCAACAUCAAAAGAAUAUUUUACAAAGUUUAAGUCCAUCUUUACAACAAAAAAUAUCUAUAGAGGUAAAUAAUAAACAAUAUGAACUAUUCAUGAAAUCUCUAAUUGAAAAUUCAAAAAGGCGAAAUGCACCUUUACAAUCCAUUCCAGAGAUUCAAAACAAAAAAGUUAAUCUAUUUUAUUUAUCUUUGAUGGUAACAAAAAACGGUGGUUACGAGGAAGUUACAAAAAAACAACUUUGGAAUCAAAUUGCUAAUAAAUUACGGAUACUGGACCCACAACAAUUACAAAUGAUAUAUUAUAAUAUUUUACUAGGUUAUGAAAAAUAUAUGAAUACAGAUGAAGGUAGAAAAGAGUCCUUAGCAAAAAAGAAUUUUUUGCAACAAUUUUUACAGGAAUUAUUAAGAAAGAUUCAAUUAGAAAAUGUUCACCACCACCACCAACAACAACAACAGCAGCAGCAGCAGACAAUGAAUCCAAAUCAAUUUAACGAUAUUAAUCUACAACAGAACAAGCUUCAAAACGUAUCAAAUGUUAAUCAGAAUAUAUCAUUUAAUAAUGAUAUUGGUAAUAAUACAAAUAUACCUGGGGCUGGCUCACCCAAUUUCGUACCAACUACCAUGAAUUCAGCUAAUAUGUCUGCAAAUAACCUAGUAUCUAAUUCACUUAAUAUGGCUACGCCAAAUUUAAUGUCUGUAAAUUUAAAUCCCCAAAUGAUACAGCCAUCUAGUUCAGUAAAUCUUUCUUCAGAGAUGACAACUAACAAGACUACUAAUAAAAGGGGUCCGAAGAAACCCAGGAAACCAAGACAAAAGAAAAAGACUAAAAAAGAAUUGGAAUUAGAAAGAAAACAAAAAGAAGAACAAGAGCUAGAACAAAGAAAAUUAUUAGAAGCACAAGAAUUACAAGAAAAAAUAAUUUUAGAGCAAAAAAUUAAGCAACGUUAUGAAACAGAGUUGGCAAAGCUACCAAAAGUUUAUAAAAGAACGUUUAUUAGAAAUUAUAAACCAAGAGAAAGAAAAAUAGAUUAUACAAAUGGUUAUGAUAUUAAUUACAUAUCACAAAUUGGUGAAAAAAUAAACUCACAUAAGCCAAUUUUCUUAUUUGCACCAGAACUCGGGACGGUAAAUUUGCAUGCUAUUUCAAUGUCAUUACAGUGUAACAAUUUAGGAGAAAUUACUACUGCCUUAAACACCUUAUUAGUUUCGAGUGCAGACGCUCAACUAAAAAUAGCCUUAAAUCAAUGCCCAUCCUUAUUAAAUUCUCUAGCAAAAUUGGCAAUUAACUUAUUAGAUGAUCUAACCCAUAUAAAAAAAUCAUCUGAAAGGAAGAUAUUGCGUGAUAAAAAUUUAUCAUUUGUAUCUGAUUAUGCAGACCAGUAUGAUGUAGAAGGAUACCUUGAUAACAUAAGUACUUCCUUUUCUGAAGGAAAUAAGUCUAUAUAUGACACAUUUAAGGAAUAUGUAACAUUGGCAAACGUUGGUGUGACUGAUUCCAAAACUGAUAAAGUUAUUUUGGUAGAUUCCUUAACUGGUUGUGAUAUUGAUCAAAUUGGGAUAACAGAAAGAACCAUAAAUAUUGAGGUUCCUUCUAAUUCAGAGAUAGAUUCCAUUGUUCUUAAUAAAGAGGAUAACAAUUUUGAUAAAGUCGCUCAUAAAUGGACAUCACGUAUACCAUCAAUCAGAUCCCAAUAUGAUAUUGAAAAUUUAUCUAUUUUUGUACCAUCCUAUAUGGAGGCAUUAAAGAAUAUUAGAUGUGAAACCGACUCACCUUUUUCAAAGAUUCAUAUAAAAGGUGCAGAUGAUGUUUCUAUUUUAAUCCUAGAUCAAUUAUCCACAAUCUCUAUGAUUCUUAGAAAUAUCUCCUUUUCUGAUAUAAAUUCAAUGAUCAUGUCUCAAAAUUUCUUUUUGAAAAGAUAUUUCAAUGACUUAGCAUGGCUUUUAUUUACAGAUAGUGCAAAAUUUAAAUUUCAUAGGAAGUUAUUUAAUUUCAAAAAGGAUAUGAUUAUUACCUUGUCUAAUAUUUCACACCAUUGGAGAAUUGAAUCAUAUACUUUUACAGUAACAUUAAUUUUGUUAAUUCUAAGCUUUGGAUUUUCAAAAAAGAAUAGUGCAGAAAAGGAUAAUUUAACAUAUGAUGAGUACCCAUUAAAAAUAAGUAAUUAUCAGAGUUAUAGUGUGGAUACACUGGCUAAGUUGCUUUCUCUUGAACACCCAAACAGACAAUAUUUAAAGGUUGUAUUAUUAAACAACUUUAAUGAUAAGAAUAUAACAAUUAACGAUGACGUUAAAAUGGCGAAAAGAUUGAUUUUAAAAUAUAAUGAAAACGGUGAUCUGUGUAAUGAUUUGAUCAAGUACCUAUUCUCAAUUGUUCCUUUCCAACAACUAAAAGAAGACCUAUCCCUUCUUAAAAGCAUAUCACCAGUUAUUUCUCAGGUUUUGACUAGUUUGUACCAUCUAUUCUUAUCUAUAAUUGAAGAAAAUAACAAUACUAGAAAUAAAAAAGAAAAUAUCUUUUUAGAAUGGUUGACAGGUAGUGAGAAUUUGGGAAUUAAUUUUAGAAAAUUAUAUGAGCUUUACCAAGAGUUAUUGAGUAAGAAAGAAGAAUAUCAAUCAUUUUAUAAUAAUUUAAAUUACAAGAUUAUAAGAUUAUUAAGACUGUUAAUAUCUGAAAGUGCACUCGAUCCUGCUUCAUGUCAGAAAAUUGCAGAAUUUCCUUACUUACUACCUUCUGAAGCUGAUUUAUAUAAGAUUAUAAUGCACCCUUCUAGUGAUGCAACUUUUGCAAAUGAAAUGAGAUUAUUUUUGGAUUUAAGGAAUAAAAUUUUAGAUGAAAUUUAG